GUUAUUUCAUAUGCUUUGCCGAGCAUGUCAUUGUUGUUUUGAACAGUGUUUAUAACAUGAAGGUUAUCUGUGGUUUCUAAAUUAGGACUAUGCUGGGUAGAAUUUUGCCUGCAAGAUAGGCACUUGUGACAGGUCUUCUUCUAUUUUUCCUCAGUUCCAACUAGCAAAUGUCGUAGUACCUUUAGAUAGGGCAUGAGAUAUGGCAGCUUACUUAAAGUUUUUACCAUCACAUUGAAUGCCAUAUGAGUACCAAUUUUAGUCUUUUUAAACAAAAAGUUUUUAAAAAUUCGAAUUCUUUCGAGCAAGAAAUUCAAAGGAAAUUAAAUAUUGGGAAUAUGUGCUAUCAGGGAUUCCCCAUCUUCUGUUUAUAAACAUAAAGAUUAAAUUAUACAUGUUUAUAAUUUACCUGUUUUGUAUGGCAUCUUUCAUUAAGGGAAGUAUGUAGUUUGAGAGUGAAUGAGAAUAAAAUACUGAGGAGAUUCAUCAGACUUAAGGGACAGGAACUGCUCAAGAAGGAUGCUGAUCCACAGAGUUAUUCAGUAAAUAACACAAGAAUUAAACUUGGACAUGGUUUAGUGUUUAUUGGUCUGUUCAUAAAUGAGAGGGAGCUGGACCUCAUGGAAACAGUGUAUGUGAACAGAUCCAGAAAUGCUAAACAUCUCACACUACAGUCAUUCCAGUUUCUGAUUGUAAUCGAUUUUGAAUCUACAUGUUGGGAUAACAAUAGGGAUGGAAAACAACCUGAAAUUAUUGAAUUUCCUGCUGUGUUACUCAAUGUCAGGACAGGAAUUAUAGAAGAAGAAUUUCAGCAGUAUGUUCUACCAGUUGAAAAUCCUAUCCUUAGUGAUUUCUGUGUUAAGUUAACUGGAAUAAAACAAGAUGAUGUUGAAAAUGGAAUGCCAUUGCAUACCUGUCUUUCCCUUUUCUGUUCUUGGAUUAAAGAAAUAUCUAAGAAGAGAAAAUUGGUAUUUCAUACAAAUCAGAAAAACAGUGAUGCAGAUGCAAGAAAUAUUUGCACAUUUGUUACAUGGUCAGACUGGGACCUAUCUGUAUGUCUGCACAAUGAAUGUAGGAGGAAGCAGCUCUGCAAGCCCAAAUUUCUGUGUCAGUGGAUUGACCUCCGAGCUACCUACAGGAAGUUUUACAAGAGAAGACCACAAGGUCUUCGUGGUGCAUUGUCAGAACUUGGUCUACAGUUUGAGGGUCAGGAACACUCGGGUCUAUGUGAUGCUUACAACACUGCCCAUCUUGCUUGGCGCAUGGUACAGGAUGGAGCAAUCCUCAAAAUUACCAAAGUCCUUCAGACAAACAAACAAGCGUCUUGGACUCCUUCAAAGGUUGACAAAUAAUAAUAUGCAAAGACAAAAUAAAUUGAUUUAGUAAUAGUAUAAGGCAGAAAGAAAAAUGUACUCAAAACCAGACUUAGAAAAUUAUUCUAAAACAUGUAAGGGCAAUUAGCUUAAUUAAUUAAUUUGAUAUAAAUGCAUCAGAUGGAAGGGAAAUUUUCUGUUAGGUUACUUUGAUGAUGUAUGAAAGAAACAGAGAAGUGGUCAGAUCAAAAGGAUUUGCUUUAAGACGGGCAUAUCAACUGGAUCAACAGUCACCUUUUAUCUUGAUGAUACACACAUGUAAGGUAGAUGCUGGUAGUUGAGUUGUGCUGUGAAUUUUAAUGUUUAUUUUUCACAAGUUCCUAAUAUAUGUUACAGUUUGUGCUUGCUUUAAAUUUUUUAACUUUGUAUGGUAAUAUGUGGAUCAGUUUAAGACAUCCUUAGCUGUUAGAAUGCAAGUAAAGUGGGACAGAUUUUGAAAAUCUAGCAAGAAAAGUCAAGACAAGUGGACUAUUUACAGUGUGUGUAAAGAUAUUAGCAUCCUGAACAUUUCAGUAAUAUGAAUGUCCACAAAGCACAAUACACAACAGCACAAGCACUGAAUAUGAGAUCCCACUUGUACAAAAUCACCACACAUACACAACACAAAAACAUACAGUAUAUUCUCUCAUAAACUGAAAGACUGACAUGUAGUUUUCAAGAAAGUGAAGUUUAAACCUUAAGCUGUAUUUCAUAGCCAAAAUUAACAGAACAAAUUCAUGUCAGUGUGA